ACUAUCGCGAUCUGAAGAUGGCUGCGCAGUCGGCGCCGAAGGUUGUGCUAAAGAGCACCACCAAGAUGUCUCUGAACGAGCGCUUCACUAAUAUGCUGAAGAACAAACAGCCGAUGCCAGUGAAUAUUCGGGCAACGAUGCAGCAGCAGCAGCAACUGGCCAGUGCCAGAAACAGAAGACUGGCCCAGCAGAUGGAGAAUAGACCUUCUGUUCAGGCCGCGUUGAAACUUAAGCAGAAGAGCUUAAAGCAGCGCCUGGGUAAAAGUAACAUCCAGGCACGAUUAGGCCGGCCAGCAGGACCCCUGGCUCGUGGAGCUGUUGGAGGACGAGGGCUGCCUAUGGGUCAGAGAGGUUUGCCACGAGGAGCCAUGCGUGGUGGGCGUGGAGCGAGGGCGUUGCUGAGAGGAGGCAUUCCCCUCAGAGGUCAGAGUUUACUUCGGGGAGGACGAGGCAUAUCCCCUAGAAUGGGCCUGAGAAGAGGUGGUGUUCGAGGUCGUGGUGGACCUGGGAGAGGUGGUCUAGGCAGAGGAGCCAUGGGUCGUGGAGGAAUUGGUGGCAGAGGUCGUGGCAUGGCAGGCCGGGGAAGAGGGGGCUUCGGUGGUCGUGGCAGAGGCCGAGGCCGAGGAAGAGGGUCUGCACGUCCUGCGUUGACCAAGGAACAACUGGAUAACCAAUUAGAUGCGUACAUGUCUAAAACAAAAGGACAUCUCGAUGCUGAGCUGGAUGCUUACAUGGCUCAGACAGAUCCCGAAACUAAUGACUGAAUGUCCUUCUGAUAGACUCUCAUUGAAGUUAAUGUGUAUGUCAAUGCCCAUAAGCUAAAAAUGGAAAAACCUGAUUGAUGCUGGAAGGACCUGCAGGAACAGGGGCGGCCCUGUUCUACCAAGAGAUCAGAUUUUAGUGUGUUCCUCUUACAUUUUGAUACUAUAUGUUGUAUGAAACCUUUUUUGAAUUGGUUUUUAUAAUUUUUCCUAACUAUGAACAUGAAUGUGACAGACCUGCUGCAGAUAUGGCCACUGACAUUGGUAAUGGAGUGCGCUCAGCACGCCAGCCACACCGUGUUGGCACACUGAGUUCCUUUGUGCUUCUAAGGGAGAAUGUUGCAUGUAUGCCACAGUCUGUGCUUCUUUAGGUGAAGUGCUCAUUGGUGCUGAAUACAAGCUACGGGAUUACAUGGUUAUAUGUGCCUAUUACUCUUAGUAGUUUGUUUCAGGAUAGGAGUUGAUCCCGUAGUGAGGCUGAAGGGUAAAUAUCUACAUUUGCAGUUUUAUUGUUGCAAUAACACAUCUGAAGUAAACAUACCAAAACGUCUCCCUCCAGGACUGCUUGAUCAAUCAAAUGCAGGUUGAGGAAGUUAGUGCUCCUCUAUUGUAGACAUGUCAAUCUUUUAUUUUGUACUGACAUUGCAUCCCCAUUGGUUGCUAGCAAAGAGGAUUUUCCAGGUAAAAGGCUAUUUUGGGGGAUAACAUUUGAAUUUCUUUUGUAUCAUGUUUGAAGGGAUGUCACUAAUGGCUUCUGUGUACCAAAAUCUAGAAAAAUAACUUUUGUUUUAAGGAUUUUGAAAGAAGCACGUUAAGGGCAUCUGAAAGAGAAUAAUGGGUAGAAGAGUCUCUCCAAAGUACUGGGUCCAAAAUUUGUUUGAUCAGCAAGUGCUGUUACCUUUCAGUGCAAUCAGCUGAAUUUGCAAUCCAGACCGACUUAUGGUGGUGCAUUUAACCGAGGUUGGCUUUAGAAAUUGAAGGGGUUUGCUCUCCCCUUCCCCCCUCCUGCCCCCCCGGAAGAUUUAAUUUCAACCAUCCUGUGAACUGUUGCAGUUUCAAUGGAAUCUUGUAUUUCUGGUUCUUUGUGACAAAGGAGAAACACUUACAAAAACAA